CUAAUUGCACAAAAGUCGGACAGUUACCUGAUAAAAAAGCUAAAUUCAAAUUAGAAUUUAAUUACACUGUCCUGGGUCUUUCAAAUUUUGAAAGACCGUGGAAGCACUUACUACUGAAAAUAUUAGACGUUUCACGUUGAUUAAUUUACAAUGUUAUCAAUGGAUAGGUGUAUAUUUCUUUGUUUCCUCUGGAUUUAUGCAGUUUUUGGUUCAAAUGUUGAUAUAUUGGUACCAGACAGCCUUGCUUACGGAAAAACAUGUGAAUGUGGCCGAGAUCUAACAUUAUCUUGCAAGUUCAAGAAUAAAACAUUUGCCCUUGCUUGGAUGAAUCUAAACGAUAUUUCUCCAAUUGCUCAAUGUGUACGUAACGAAUGUGACAUUAACCCUAAAUACAUUGAUCAAUACAAGAUAUCAUAUGAUGAAACAAAUCAUAACUUCAACUUGACAAUUAUAAAGUUAACCAUGAAAGAUACUGGAAGAAAGUUGGUGUGUUCAGAUGGAACCAAUACUGAUUCAAUGAUUAUUAGAGUCAGAGAUUACGAACCUCAUCUUUUAGAAAAUACAACAACUGGGAUCAUACAGGCGAUCUCUGGCUGUAUUACCAAUGUCACGAAAGUUUCGUUUAAAUGGAUCAAGAUAUGUGCGAGUAGCAAGCUCGAGAAAGAAAUCACCCCAAAAAUACAAAACGCAUCUACAACAACUUGUUCGAAUGAUUCUGAUUGCGGGAAUGAUCAACAAAUACAUUACUCAGAAGUUAUUUCUGCCAAGGCCAGUGAAAAUGGAAAUUACUAUCUGAAAAUUAUUGCGGAUUACGGGAAUGAAAAAAUGGAGUCGUAUCAUACUGUUGAAAGAUAUAUGCUAGAAGAUAGAGUUGCUGAUGAAAAAAGAAUAAAUGUGGUUGCUGUAGUUCUUUGUUGCCUUCUACCGAUUCUUGCAGCAUCUUUGUUAUUCUUCUACGUACGUCGUAAAAUAAAUUUAUACAGCUUGAAGCAUUGUUUUAGGGACACAUAUUACAAGCAAAGAAAAGAAAAUGUCAACGUUUCAUUGUUUGAUAUAGAGGUAAUAGAAAAUGAGAAAAUUUAGUUAUGUGCUCUGUUGCGUUGUUUAUAUUACCGUUGAAGUUUAAAAUUGACAAUCAUCGUAAAGAAUUAUAUCUUCUGUGUCGAUGGACCAAAGGAUUAUGUGAACAUAUUGGAAAUGGAAUAAAAUACAUGGUGAUUAUGACGGUAGGGGUGCGGAUUUUUUCCGGCGAACAUUUUUAUCUUGUGUAUUAUUAUAGAUGUUGAAAUAUGAAUUUUUUCAAAACGGCUUAUAUUAAGUUUUUUUUUUGAUAUAUAUGAUCAGUACAUGUGCUGGAAUUGACGAAUAUACAUUUUAUUUGGAUUUUAAAGGCGUUUUGAGCUCCAAAUCCCAAGUGACUGUGAAAAAUGUUAGAAAGAAAGUAACUUAAAACCAUGUGAAAAUGUAAAAUAAUUGUUAUAUAUAAAUACCCAAGUUUAUUGUAGAACAUAUAUCUAAUGGUUAAUAUGAGCUGUUUAAUUGUGGCUUUAAUAUGCUUAUAAGAAAUAAUUCUUUUUCAUCUCUGAAAUGAUCAUCAAUCUUCAGAACUUUAUAUAGUGGAAAUAUAUUAAACUUUCCCCCUGAACACUCAUGUAGAUGUUUAUUCACCUUAAGAAAACGAAGUGACUCUGUAUUAAUUUGUUGUCUAUGUAAAUUUAUUCGUAAGUUUAAUCCAUUUCUAGUUUGCCCAAUAUAAAAUUGUUGACAAUUUGGACAAAUAAUACUAUAUAUUACAUUUUUAGUUAUACAGGUCAUACUUUGUUUUACUGUGAAAUGUUUGCCAUUUGUAAACUGAAUUGUGUUACCUUCGAUAAUUGAAGGACAUGUCUUACACCUGGUUCUGUUACGUUUUGUUACAGACGGAAUGUCCACUUUCAUAUCAAAUCUGGAGGGUGAUAAAAUUUGUUUUAAGUUUUUCGGCUGUCUUUUACUGUUUAUUAUUCUUUUCUUUUGUAAUAUAUUCUUCAUUCAUUUACUCUUUUGUAGAAUUGUUUUACAAGAAUUUAUAACUGGGAACAUGUUUGUAUUUAUGGGAUUGUGUGUUGAAACGAAAGGGAUAAAAUUAUGAACGGAAGUACAAGUGUCUUGACGAUCAGUGGUAUUGAUGGGUCCCUUAGAUAUAGCCUGCUCUAUUCCAUGUUGUAUCAGUACAUCUGGAUAAUUCUGUUGUUUUAACUAUAAUUUCAAUUCUAGUAGACGCUUUUC